UAAAGCGUGAUUGAUCUGUUUUGUUUAUAUUCUUUUUGUGUAGUUAGAUACACAUAAGACAAGUUUAGUCGUCCUUAUUAGUCUUGUUGCAAUAGUAUUGUUAAGGUAGUAUUUGGGUUGUUAAGACUUGUCUUUUUAUAAUUAGUAGAUUUAUUACGCAGGCUCUUUUGAACAGGAUGCAGUGUUGUGUCAGGAAGCAUUUUCCUUUUAUUUUUUCAGGUGCCCAAGACAGGAGAAAAGUGAACCGUAUUGCUGGGGACUCCAAUGCUCAUCGGAUUAAGGAUAUUCUUCCUGACGAUAUAGCUGUCAAAUGCCUGCCAAUCUCUGAUGAGAAUAUGUAAUGACAAUGACAUUCGCCAACUCUGUUUUCAAAGGUGCCAAAUUUUCUUGUGAUCGUUUUCGCCAUGCAUUGUUGAGAGACUUGCGGAAGAUGGAUGUUCAACAGCUGUAUGUUCAUCUAGGCUCAAAUGACAUUCUUACGAAUGAAGCGGUGUUUUACCGAGAUGUAGCUGACUUGUGCGAUUUGGUGCAUCAGGAGGCGCACAAUCGGUGUCCAGAAUGCAGGGUUGUUUGCUCCAACGAAGACGCUUUGCUGAGCCACUUCUGCAGUCGCCACAUCAAGCAACCAGAGACUGGAAAAGAGAGUAAAAUUAAGCUGAUAGGCUCACCAAUGGAACAUACAAACAUUUCCCACCCACCAUGUGGAUCAAGAUGUUUGGGCUGAUGAUUCUGGGUCGUAUGUGUGGACAAGGUGGUCCUCAUUACAUCAUGAUGCAGCUGUGUAUUCAACAACAUGUUAACCUGUCCCAGCGGAUGUUGAUGCUCUUAAAUGAUGUUGAGAAAAAUCCAGGACCGGAGUAUUCGUGCAAAUGGAUAUCCUGCAAGGAAGACUUCCACUCCAUAGGACAGCAAGAUGCACAUAUCAUCUCUCAUAUGGUUCAAGAGAAAUGCUGUAGAUGGGGAGACUGUACCAAAGUCCUGAGCUUUAAUAGUCUUGAAAUCCAUGAACUUAAACAUCUCUAUGAUGUGAGUUUAGCACUGUGUAUGAAUUGGUGUUGCUUCAUUUUCUGCAUAUCUUUAUCUCAGUCUUCUCUAGUUUUGAUGGUCAAAUACAUAUUGUCUGCCAGUUUUUUUCCCCCAAUACUGCCGUUCAUCGUUUGCUUGCAUCAAGAGUUUUAAAAGAAAUUAAAACUCAUUUGUUUAGUUAGAAUCUUAUGAAAGACUUAAAUGGCCAUGUUUAAUACAAUUGUAUAACAACAUAUACGAGCUAAAAAAAUAGUUGGAAUAAUUAAUGUAUAUA